AUGUCUAGAUCACCACCUUCAUUAUAUUCCAUCAGGGAGGAGAUCGGGCCCUCGGAUCACCAAGUAUCCUGCUUUGGAGGUACAACGUCUAAUAUCGAGCGACUUCCAUCGCGACUACAACAGUCAAAGUCCCUACACCGGAGCAAAGAUAAACAGAUCGAGGACUUAUCCUAUGAGAUCAGCUAUCUCAAAGCAGAACUCAUGUGGAAUAAAGACUCCAAACAUGCCUUACAACAAUUUCAAGAGCAGAUCCAUCAUUUAUUCUAUAAGAUCGAGGAGUAUCUUAUCCAGGUUGACACUCAUCUUAAAGAAUCUGAGAAGAAUUACUUAAGCCUAUGGGGGAUUAGUGGGGAUGACGGAGAUAAUGAGAGAGUUGGUAUGAUUUGA